CUGGCAACCAUAGUCAAAACAAACAUGGCAGCGUCAAUGCGGUGCAUGCGUCUUCUUGGAGUUGUUCUAGGAUCUAGAUCCCCGCUUUACACGUCCUGCAAACCUUGUCAUGCAAUGAGUAUUACGUGGUCAAGAAAAAACAGCUACGCCGUACAAUUCAAAGAAUUUGGAGAUCCGUGCAAAGUUUUGGAGCGUGUUGAGGACGCCGUCCCCGACACCGUAGGUGCCGACGAAAUCCUGGUCAAGAUCUUAGCAGCUCCGAUUAAUCCUUCUGACAUAAACACAAUACAAGGGACCUACGGAAUCAAGCCGAGCCUUCCUGCAAAAGCAGGACUGGAAGGUGUUGGGGAAGUCGUUAAGGUUGGACCACAUGUCAAAAACCUGGAAGUGGGAAAUUGGGUGCUUCUGCCUGGUGAUUCAUGGGGGACAUGGAGGAACUUUGGAAAAGGGGACCAGAAGAGGUUUCGAAAAGUUUCCAACAAGCUAGAUAUAGUGACAGCAGCAACAAUGACAGUGAAUACACCGACGGCCUACCGCAUGCUCAACGACUUUGUGACAAUGAUGCCAGGUGACACAUUCAUCCAGAAUGGUGCCAACAGUGGUGUUGGACAGGCAGCCAUCCAGAUAGGCAAGAGUAUGGGCCUCAACUCCAUCAACAUUGUACGCGACCGACCCAAUCUACAAGAGCUCAAGGAUAAACUGAAGUCCCUCGGAGCUGACUAUGUGGUUACUGAAGAGGAGCUGAGGUCACCUGUGAUGAAAGAAAUUUUUGCCGUUGUGCCACCUCCGAAGCUGGCUCUCAACUGCAUCGGGGGUAAGAAUGCAACUGACAUGAUGCGCCAUCUAAUGAAAGGCAGCACCAUGGUCACCUAUGGCGGGAUGUCACGGCAGCCUGUCAUAGUGUCAACGGCUUCUCUCAUCUUCCAAGACAUUAAAGUGGUAGGCUUUUGGAGAACACAGUGGGCCAAGGAGCAUGGUAACACCAAACUCGAUGAUGAUAUGUAUGACUACCUGACCAAGAUUUCUAUGGAAGGAAAGUUGCAGCCUCCUGCACAUAACUUGGUUCCUUUCAAAAGUUAUGAAGAUGCCGUAAAAAUGUCCAUGGAAUCAUUUGCUGGGGCCAAACAAGUCUUGGUUAUGGAUGAAAGGUUUGCAUAAGGUACAAGGGUGGAGCAUGGGGCGAGAAAAAGCAUUUGACAGACUUAUUCUGUGUUGUCAAGGGCCAGACGUAAUCAUCACGUUUGUUAGCAUUUGUUAAGACUGGUGUCGCUAUCAUCACGUUUGUUAGCAUUUGUUAAGACUGGUGUCGCUAUUGUUACUUCACAGGGCACUCUCUUUUUUUUACAUUUUUGCUGGUGAGUGGUAGUUUGCUGUGUUCCAAGAAGCAAAUUUUUAUUUUUGGCUUGCUGCUUCACAGCUUUAUAUGCACAAAAUGUUUGUGGUUAGCAAGUGUGAAUGAGAAAAUAAAUACAUAAUUGAGUUGCUCAGGUACUACGCUCUUUCGCACAGGCUCACUGACACAUAUUGUGUAGAUGCGUUUCAGUUACGAUGUCUCACAAACAGUGACAUUACUUUCAUUUAGUCAUGCUAGUCUUAUAGAUGUGAAAUGCACUACUCUUGGUUUUUAGGGCAUUGAAAUCUUUGUGACUUUAAAAAUUAAAUAGCAUUUUGUUUGAGUCAGUGGCACCUGCUUAAUACUUCAUGUUAUGUUUAAGGGAAAGUUGCUUUUCCUAAUCUUGUAGGAAAAUAUUUUGUUUAGUUGUAUCUAAACGUGAUGUGCAUGAAAAAAUGUUUUUACAGCUUAGGUCAUGCAUAUAUGCAUAUAUAUAUUUCCAAAAGCAUGCCACGGGUUUAUGUGCAGUAGUGUGUAAAUGAACUUGUGAGAAGUACUGUUGCAACAAUUUGUAAAUUUUUUUAUUUCCUGUAAAAAUAUAUCCAGCAGUGGAAGGCUGGCAUUCCAAA